CUACUCAGUGGACGAUUACAACGGUGCUUUGAGUGCGAUGUGUUUGUUAUCUGAGGAGAAUGUUUCGUUAUGAUAUACAAAGUCAUGUUACAGAAAAUUCAUUCUCAGGUUCAUCCGACGAUGAUAAUGGCUAUGUUAGAAAAAAAGGUUCAAGCUGUCCGACAAGUGAAUUCGAUGACUCGUUUCAAGCAAUGUGCGAUAUAUAUGGACAGACACCACCGAGAACUCGACUUAAUCGAAAAAAGCGAUACAUGAGACAGAAACUUAAUGGAGGGGAAACGAAAUCGUUAGAAAAAGACAUACCGUCGAAAGCAGCGAUCCGCAGGCGCAAUACUCUGGACAACAUUAUUUUUAACGAAAUGUGUGAUAAAGCAGAUAAGGAUUGUGAAAACGAGGUAAACCAGGAUAUAGCGAAGGAAGGAAGUCGAAAAUGUAAAAGGACAUUGAAAGUGUUACGUGGAACUGAAAGAGAUUUAAAACUGGAUAUGGAGGCAGCCUAUAAUUAUAACGAGAAAUUUGGUCCUCAUCAAGUAUCUACUCCUAAUCAUAUGAAGAUUGAAACUCGAAAUAGAUUCCGUAGCUUGCGAUCCAAACCUGUUGAUGUAGAAGAGAGAAAGCCUAAAAUUAAACUUACCGAGAAAAUUCCAAUUACUGAUGAUAGGGAACCGAUCGCGCAAUCACCAAAAACGUUGAGUCUUAAAGAACGGGAAUUAUUUCAUGAUACAUUCUCUUUUUUAAUUAAAUUGGGAAGUACGGAACGUAAUUGCCGUCGGCAAAUCAGUCAUGAAGAAACGCGGUGGCAAAACGAAUUGAAAGAUCUAAUAUGGCUAGAACUACAAGCCCACCAUGCUGAUCGGAGUCCAAUGGCUCAAGAUGAGUACUUGUGCAAGCAACGUGAGGCUGUAGAAGGUUUACUUAAAGAAAUAAUGGAGUAUAGAUAUGAUCCUAUUGCGAGUGUAAAGAAUGAUAAUACGCCUUGGAUUAAUAUUAAUACCACGCGUAUUGAUCGAAUAGUGAACGUAGGAUCUAGUCCAAAUAUAGAAUUAGGUAUUUGUCCAGGUUGUCUUUCGAUGUACUGUAGAGCAUGUGCACGAGCACAAGGUGAAGCUUUACAGCAAGUAGAAGGAUUACUGUCUAGGCUAGAGGUAGCAGAAGCACUUUAUCCUUCGUCACAAGCCUUUGCUGCACAUUAUCCUUUAUACAAAAGUACAGAAUUUAUUGGUAGAGUGAAGGCAAUGUGUCUUUGGUAUAAUAUGACUAAGCAUCAUCGACUCAAAUUACAAAUACUGGGAAAAUUAUUAAUGAUGUCGCAUACAAAGAAAAAACACGAUGAUACUGGAGAUUCUGGAAUAAGUUCACGAUCUUCCGAUGUGACCGAUCAUUUAGAGUGGAAGCAAACUUUGGUACGAUUUGAAGUAUCAAACCAACAAGAUGAAAAUUCCAGCCCUUCAGAUAGUAAUAAUAGUAAUAAUUCUUCUGGUUUAUCUUUCGUACAAUCCUGGCCUUCUACUCCUGAAUCGUCAUUUACAUAUGCAGAAGAUGAUAAAAACGAUAGAUUUGACUUUUACCUAGUUGAAUUCGAUCGGCAAGCUUACAGGAAGUAUAUUGAAGAUGUAUUAAAGACUAGAGGUUUAAGAAAAAGUUUAAAUUUUCUUGAGAGAUUACAUACUUCUGUCUUAAGGAAAGCAAGGUUGACGUUAGAAAAAAGUGAUAUAAGUGAAUCUAAUAAUACUUUGAACGAAGAAUAUGAAGGCGAUGAAGAAUUGCGACGAUAUGGCGUGUGGAGUCCCGAAGCAAGAGAAUUAAAUCUUCCAUCUUAUAGGGCUGCUUUCGUGUUUUUGUCUCGAGUUCCGUUAGAUGUUGUUCAUGAGUUUUUAAGAAUGAGAUUAGAACAAAAACCAGAACAACCUAGUCCACUAUCAGUUCGACAACUUAUGCGUGAACUUAGGGAAGGUCUUAGAAUUGCAUGUAUCCAUCGCGACAGAUUUGCAGCUCAUUCUUGUGCAGCAGUUGCCAAUAAUAAUGAUAAUUGCGAAAAUUUAUUUCAAGAAAACGUGAAAGAUUUCGAUGAAAGUUUAAAGGCUGUUUUUGAAGUAUAUCUUGAUUACCUUCAGCAGUGGGUAGAUAUGGUACAGCAUGACAGUUUCCACAAAAAUUUGAUUAUGGAUGAGUGGAUGUUUGUAAAAUCAAUAGCAGGAAAUAUAUUAAAUGGAUACGAGAUUGCGGGAGUUAAAUUCUGUGAAAUCGCAAAAACCAUGAUUGAACAAGUUAAAGAAUACCUUAACGAGAGACCACGAGAGAUUCAGGAAAAUUUUGAGGAUUGGAAUGAUGAUGAUUGGUCAAACAGAUUUCAGCGAAUGUUUGUACGACGUGAAUGGCAAGGAAUGUUUGUAGAAGCUCGGGAGAAGGUGGUUAAAGGUGUUAUGCUUGCUAAGUGUUUGAAACGUGAUAUUGUAAAUUGGUCUAUCUUUGACAAAGAAUUAGAGGAAUCAUUAACAUCUUUAAAGGAUACAGUUAUGGAUCUCAGACUCGAUAUCACAAACGUUAUUGAAAAUUUUCAACGUGAUCUCAAAAAGAUAGAAGAAUCAAAUUAUGAAUAUGAUCGAUCUGCUAUACGUUCAAGAAUAAGGGAAAUACUUCAUCAGGCUUAUCGAAUGGGUUUUGAUUACCAUAAAGAAACAUGUAAACUAUUUGCACUUGAAGAAAAAGCUAUUUUAGCUGAAAGUCUGGUUUCUUUCGCCUUUUUGUGGAUGGAGUUUGUUAGAACACGAUGUGAACGUGGAAGAGGUUUACGACCUAGGUGGGCAAAUCAAGGUUUAGAAUUUUUAAUUACAGUAUGCGAACCACAUAAUACCAAACAUUUAACUGAUGAAGAAUUUGAGGAAUUAAAAACCUGUAUGGAUCGUUGUAUUUCGCACGUUGUUGGAAGUGCAAGUACUGCUACAAAUGAAACAGAAAAUUUAAAAAGGUUACCUCAUUCAAGAGCGUCUUCACCUUGUCAUACUAGAAGCAGAACUGCGAGUUUAAGUCUCCCUCAGAAAUCUAAAGAUAAUGUUAGAUCUCCAGAUAUUCCAAGUUCUAGAAAAUCCUUUUCAUCAAGUGUGGUUGAUGGAAAUGUAGGUAUUACUAUAAAUAGUUCUGAACGUACUAUACCCAGGCAGGAAAGAAUCAAUCGGGCUAUAAGAAAAGUAGAAUGUGAUAUUGACGAGAGAUUAAAAGGCCGCGAACUUAUAGGGCAAGUUACUGAUAGAAAAGCUGUUGAUAGAGUUCGUAUUAAAGCAAGAAGAGUUACCUUUACUUGGCAAAGAGGUAUCAAAAUAGGACAAGGAAGAUUUGGUAAAGUAUAUACCAUAGUCAACAAUCAAACUGGUGAGUUAUUAGCUAUGAAAGAAGUUCAGUUUCAACCUGGGGAUCAUAGAGCAAUUAGACGUGUUGCUGAAGAGCUACAAAUAUUUGAAGGAAUUCAAUACAAACAUUUAGUACGAUACUACGGACUAGAAAUUCAUCGUGAAGAAAUGUUAAUUUUUAUGGAAUUUUGCGCCGAGGGAACGUUGGAAAGUUUAGUAGCGGGCAGUGGAAAUGGUCUACCAGAGUCAUUAGUUAGAAAAUAUACACAUCAACUUCUUUCAGCUGUAGCAGUACUCCAUUCGCAUGGAAUAGUACAUCGCGACAUUAAAUCUGCAAACAUUUUUUUAACGGAUGAGGGAAAUUGUUUGAAACUUGGUGAUUUUGGAAGUGCUGUGCAAAUUAAAGCACAUACUACUAUGCCGGGUGAAUUACAAGGUUUUGUUGGUACUCAAGCUUACAUGGCACCGGAAGUAUUUAUGAAAUCAGAAAGUAGUGGACAUGGUAGAGCUGCUGAUAUUUGGUCAGUUGGUUGCUGCGUUAUAGAAAUGGCGAGUGGACGAAGACCUUGGUCAGAUUAUGAUUCUAAUUAUCAAAUUAUGUUUAAGGUGGGAAUGGGCGAAACUCCAGCAUUGCCCAAAAAUAUUUCCAUUGAAGGAGAUAACCUAAUUAGAAAAUGUUUACAACAUGAUCCAAAGAAAAGGUUGACAGCAAAUGCCUUACUUACACUUCCGUUUACACAAGCAUACGAAGAUGUUAACGCCGACUUAUUGAUACUGCGACAAUAAGCAUAAUAGGGAUAUUGUAUUCGUAUGUAGAUUCUUUCAGUUUGAAAGCAUAAACUAACUUAUAACAUCAUUGUUACCUGCAUCAGGUUAAAUAUAUUGAUAGUUCACAUACUUUUACCAUACCAGUUUCCUGUUUAUUUUACGGUUGUUUUCUCGUAUUUGUAUUCUAAAAAAUGGGAAAAAUUAGGCAUCUAGAUAGUAGGUACAAAUCUGGUUAUGCAAUAUUAAGUCGAAAAUGUUUUAAGAAGAAAAGUUAUUUUCAAACAUAAAGUAUGUAUUUUUAAUACUAUAGCAACAAAAUAUAAUGCCACUGAUGUAUGUAAAUUUUUAACAUUCCUACCUUUGAAGAAGGUACUUACAUUGUGUACAUACAUAUAUGUAUAAUAUUGUUGUAAAUUAUUUUACGAUACAGAAAAUAAAUUGUUUUUUGUAGUUGAACAUUGCACUGUGAUUAAUGAAAACAUUGUAUUGUUAAAAAAAAGGAAAUAAAAGUGAAAGGUGGUGUCACAAUAG